AAAGUGACGGUUGGCGCUAGCGCCAGAAAAAGCAGUUUUUAAUUUGAAGGAAAUUUAAGAAUUUUAAUCCAAAUUUCUACAGCAAUUUGACUAUUAAAAUGUUGUUCAUCGAAAGCCUAACGGUCAGCGGCAUCCCGGGUCUGGACGACCACACGCUUCGCCUCCGGCCCGGUUUGAAUCUGUUCCCCAUCCGGCGGCCGCAACCUUCUUACGUCAUCCGUUUCCUCACCUGGUUCCUCAAUCACUCGGAGGCAUCGGACUUACAGCUGGAGAUGGCCUUCGGGAGGGAAUCCUAUUUGGAGAUCCGUAUCCGUUCCGAUCAGCCUCAGUAUGCGUUUUGGGUGCUGAGCGGUAAGAAGCAACGGAACAACAGCCGGGACCAGAAGCUGAUCAGCUUGCGACGGGUGCUGUCCAAGCCGCACACGGUUUCGGUGGAAGGCGGAAGAUCGCUGCUUGAGUUCGAGACGUUCCGCCAGGAGAUGCAACAGCUGGGAUUAAGAUUUGGGACGGUGAAGUUCCCAAUGCUGAAUGUGGUCCGCGGGGAAGAUCUGGACCGGUGGAUCAAAUCGGCCCGAAAGCUGUGGGAGAUUGUGCACGACGUGUUCCAGGUGGACGUGUUCAGCCGGAUGCAGACCGUGGACCAGGACAGGAAGGGAUUCUGCCGGCAGAAGAUGGACAUUGCCCUGUCGGCGGAUUACCAGGACAGGAUAGACGAGCUGCAGGCACGGAUCGAUGGGAGCAAAACGUUCCGGAAGAUGGUGCUGACGGUGGACAUGAAUGCGGCCAUGGUGGCCCAAAGGGAGGUCAAGGCUUAUGAAGUUGCAUGUAGGGAUUGCGAGGGACAGUUGAUGGAAGCGGUGUCCCAGGCGGAAGUUCUGGACGAGAAGCGGAAGAAGCUUGAAGAUCGCUUGGAUGAACUGGAGAGUGUCGUACCGGAUGUUCGCGAACUGCUGGCCGUGGAUUUGGAUGGCGAAUGUGAGGAAGAGGAGCGCUGCUUGGCCCUCCAUCAAUCGGAGGAACAAACCAUUGAGACAGUCGAUAAUAUGUACCGUAACAUUGAGGAUUUGGUUCGGAAGAUGCAAGACUCAGUCGAAGGCAUGCUCGGUCGCAUCGGCAAAUGGCUUCAAGCAUGUCGGAAAGUCGCUGAGUUGGAAGUGGAAAUUGAAAUCAAUGAGAAUUGUAUGCAUGCCGCUCUACUUCCAUCAGAGAUUCGAGAGAAUUCAUUACAAGAAUUCCAAAAAUCCCUAGAAGCCUACCUGGAGACAUCCCGAACGCGUUUGAAGCAGUUGUCGAAUGAAACUGAACUGCUGAACCUGACUGUGUUAGCGCACCGGCAAGUCCUCAAAACCGGAAGAAUGGGAAGAGAACGAGCUGUUCAAAUUGAGCACGGCGAGGAUUCCAUCGAUGAGUGGAGUGGGACCUUCAAAAAGCUUACUCAAACGAAACUGCUGACGGUAUUCCUCCAGACGGAAGUUCGUCAGAAAUCGGCCCAACUAUUGCAGCACAUCCCCGAGGAUCUGUCGCUGGAAUCCGUCCAAGGCAUGGCAUCUAUUCAGCACUUCCUCCACAACUCCAUCGACCACGCCUUGAAGCAAAACUUCAUCGGCUUCGUUUGGCAGCAUUUAAAAUUCAAAGAAUCCGCCCUCGCGGCAAAGGUGGCGGCUUUGGCGUUGCCACAUCUAUCCCAUCUGUUCGAUGUGGCCGUUUUCAAAGAACACGAUCCGAUGACCGAUUUAAUCAAUCAGCUUUCGUCCAGAUACUCGUACAAUGUGCUCCCGGUGGAUGUCUUUACGUAUUCGAAAACCCCAUUUAAAGUCCCAUCACGCGUUCAUCCGUUAUCCAGCUUGCUGCUCGAGAGCCCCUUGAAGAAAGUUCUGACCCAACUCAUGGACAAAUUUUACUACACAAACGCUCCUUUUGCCAACAUUGCCGGGGACCUUGAUGAAGAAAUAAUACUGAUCUGUGCUCAUGAUGAUGACGAGAUCGUUAUCGGAGGUGAUGGUAUCGUUGCCGGCGGUUGGACACGGAACGCCGAACGUACGCUGGAAAAGCUGUCGGAAGCCGUAUCGCUGCAGGUUGAGAUUUUCCGGCUCAAGUCCGAACUCGGGAAGCAGUGUAAGAUCGUUCCGAAACUGAGGGAAUGCUUGGAGCAAACAUGGGACGCCAUUGAGCAGCUGCGCGAGGAUGCUUUUGAUCGCUAUCAUGAAUUGCAUCGAGCCUAUCCGAAAAUCGCCGAAAUGCCGUCCAUCAUGGGGCAACUGUUCCACCAGGAAAAGAUUCUCGCUCGACAGAAGGUUCGUUUCGAUCACUUCACGAAAUUCUCGCAACACCUGAAAACAGCCAAGCUCAAUGAUCGCGAUUGGUACCAGAAGCAAAUCGACAAGCAGCAAAAAUCUUUAGAGAAAGCUCGCGACACUUACAACGAUCAUGUAUAUGAUCGAGAUCUGAUUCAGUUCAAGCACGAUGUACGUGUGCUGGGCGAGCUUCUAACUCAAGCAGCGGCCCUCCACACGAUCAGUUUGCCGAUAAACCUCCACAAAACUCUCAUGAAUUCUCUGGUAGAACACGAAGGACUGUUAAAAGACUCGCUACAAGUCCUCGAAAACGAGCGAACCGCAGCCCAAAGUCCCUUCGACACUUUCGAUCAACUGGACGUUGUCCAGCGAGACAUGAUCGAACCCGAGCAGAAAAUGCUAUCCUUCAACUACCGCUAUCUGGAGCUGACUGGCUUCCUCCAAGAUCUCCGCCGGCAGUUUCCGCCCAUCAAGUUCCAGACCUCCAAACCGAAAACGAUUGUUACGAACCUGCAGCGGGUGUACGAGGCGCGGUUGGCAUUGAACAACACCCAACCAGGUUACAAACCGGAGCAACUCGAACGGUUCAAGUUGAAGAUUGAGCUGUGCCGGGCCGAGCUGGACCUCCUGACCGAUCAUCGCAAGUUCGUCGUUGCCAACAUGACGCUGCCCUGUGUGGACAAACUGAUGGCACUGAAGCUGCGGCUGAUAACCCAGAUGGUGGCCGAGGUACCGUCGUACCUGGGAAAGCCCGGAAGUCUCCGGUUGAACUUCCAGUACGAUCAGACGAGGUGCUCGCAUGAAGCUUUGGGCGAAAGUACGUUCCAGAUGGACUACAUAGUCGGACUGGCGGUGGACUUCGUGGACGAUGAAGGAAGCUACGUCCGCUGUCUCGACGAGGAUUCGGCAGUGCUACCGCACCUGACGUUCUUUCUGUCGCUGUUGUCCGUAGAAGGGUGCAAACUUCUGGUGCUGGACGACGCUUUUGCGAAUCUCGCCCAAGAUGCACAGCAGGAGGUUUUCAAGAUACUGGAGCUGAUGUCGCGAAGCAUGCAGAUUUUCGCUGCGGUCGAAUCUGAGGUUUGAUGUUGUUAAUUUACUUAUUUAUUUUUUAUACGUUUCAAAAUGUAUACUGUUGAUUUAAGUUUUAACCUUUCAAUUGCUGUGUGAGUUAACUGUUUGAACAAAAUGUACUAGUUUCAAGGCAGAGUAAUAUACAGUUUCAUUUUCUUAAGUAAA